AUGGCGGCUGCGAUUGAACCACACGCAUACCUGCGGCUAAGCGGCGCUGAGUUCUGCGUCGAGCGGUGCACCUCGGCCGGCGCGUCGCCAUCAGGCACGCUUCCGGCCCUGGAGCUGGGCGGCGACCUGCUCGGCGGCGCCCAGCCGACGGACCUCGCCGCCGCGCGCGCCCUCGUCGCGGCGCUGCGCAAGGCCGGCCGCGCUGACCUUGACCUGGACGCCCACCUGCAGCCCGCGCAGCGCGCUGAGGUGGCGGCCUUCGGGCUGCUGAUCCAGACGCGGCUGGACCCCGCGACGCUGUGGACGUGCUGGCUGGAGCGGCGCGGCUUCCAGGAGUUUAGGAAGGCGAGUGCCGCAUAUGGGGACUCCCUGCCCUUCCCACUCAACUGGUUCGUCCCCUGGACGCAGCAGCGGGAGAUGCGGCGCCAGCUGGACGGCGUGGAGGGCGCAGCCGCGUUCCAGGACGCCGCCGAUGCGCUGGCGCUGCUUGGGGACCGCCUGCGCGCUUCGGGCGGGCGCUUCUUCUUCGGGGACCGGCCCAGCAGCCUCGACGCGCUGCUGUUUGGCCAUGCCGCGUUCUACCUGCACUCGCCGGUCGCAGCGCCGGUGCUGCGCAGCAAGGUCCAGGGUCAGCCGGUGCUGGUGCGGUUUGUGGAGUCAAUUCUUCAACGGGAGUUCAGCUCUGAGGCCCCCCCGCCGCCCGCCGCAGACGACGCCGGCGGCUGGUCCUCAGAAGCCCAGGGCCAGAGCCAGCAGCGGCGCGCGCCGACGGUGGAGGAGCGCCGCAUGUGGCGCGGCAGCCAGUACUGGCUGGCGGGGGCGGCGGCGGCGGUGGGCGCCUAUGUGGCGUUCAGUGGGCACUACAUCGACCUGAGUGUGGUGGAGGUGGACGAGGACGAGGGGGACGACGGGGAGGAGGAGAUGCAGCGGCACCUGGAGGAGCAGGAGGAGGAGGAAGAGGACGCCGCCGGCGACGAGUAG